AUAUCUAAUGUGAAUUACGGAGUUUGAACAAACUGAAAAUAAAUAUUGGCAAUUAACCAGUUUAAUAAUCGGAAGUUCUCCAUUUUAAAAAAAUCAUAGCCUGAUAUUUUUGGUCUAUUGCUUGAUUUCAAAAGUUGAUACUUGAACUGUGUAAUCAUAGUAAAAAAUUAAAAACUUUCCUAUUGCGAACACAGAUUAUCUGGUUCACUUGAUUAGAUAAUAAGUUUGGAGAGAUAAAUAUGUUGAAAUGUUGAAUUUGAAUCGCUUUCCAGGCUUUGUAAGUGCGUAUGAAUGAUUAAAUCAGUCGGCAAAGCUAUGGCAAAAGUACCCACAAUCAAGUUUAAUAAUGGACAAACGUUUCCAAUUUAUGGUCUAGGAACGUGGAAAUCUCAACCAGGUCAAGUAACCCAAGCCGUAAAAGAUGCAAUCGAUAUCGGCUACCGCCAUAUUGACUGUGCUUACAUUUACGGAAACGAACCUGAAAUUGGUGAAGCGAUAAAAGCUAAAAUAUCAGAUGGAACUGUGAAGCGUGAAGAGCUUUUCAUAACGAGUAAACUAUGGAAUACUAUGCACAGACCAGACUUAGUGGAACCUGCUAUUAGAACCACAUUGAAAAACCUUUGUAUCGACUAUCUUGAUUUAUAUUUAAUCCAUUGGCCAUUUGCCCUGAAGGAAGAAGAUGAAUUAUUCCCAACAAAUCCAGAUGGUACCACUGCUUAUAGUGACGUAGACUUUGUUGACACAUGGAAAGAGAUGGAGAAGUUGGUGAAAAAGGGACUAACAAAAUCUAUUGGUAUUUCGAAUUUUAAUAAAAGACAAACCGAGCGUAUUCUACAAAAUUGCACAAUUAAACCCGUAACUAAUCAAAUUGAAGUUCACCCCCAUUUGAAUCAACAGAAAUUGAUUGAUUAUCUAAAAUCGAAAGACAUCACAGUAACUGCUUACAGUCCUUUAGGUUCGGGAGACCCGAAAUUGAUGGAGGAUCCUAAAAUCAAAAAAAUUGCAGAGAAAUACAAGAAAACAACUGCUCAAGUAGCUUUAAAAUAUGCGGUUCAAAGAGGAUUAAUAGUUAUACCUAAAUCGGUUACCAAGUCUAGAAUUCAAGAAAACUUUAAUAUUUGGGACUUCAAUCUCACUAAAGAAGAUAUUGCAUUAAUGAAUACUUUCGAUUGUAAUGGAAGAACCUGCCCUUACGCAGAUGCCUAUACACACAAGGACCACCCAUUCAUCAAUGAUGAAUAUUGAUCCAACAAGAAACUGCGAAUAGUUGUGUUAUCAUAAGUUUAAUCGAAUUGUAUUGUAAAGAUAAAACGUUUUAUGUAAGUAAACUAUUGGAAUGGAAUUUUAACUUUACAAUAAAUAAGGUUAAUGAA